AUGGGCAAGGACAAGCAGCCCCGCGGCCAGCGCAGGCAGGGGGGGCCGGCCGCGGACGCCGCCGGACCCGACGACAUGGGGCCGAAGACUGGCAAAAGGGCCCCCAAGGAGUGCGGGGAGGAGGAGGCCCGGACGUGCUGCGGCUGCCGGUUCCCGCUGCUGCUCGCGCUGCUGCAGCUGGCUGGCAUCGCCGUGACCGUGCUGGGCUUUCUCAUGGCGAGCAUCAGCUCCUCCCUGCUAGUCAGAGACACUCCAUUUUGGGCUGGGAUCAUUGUCUGCCUAGUGGCGUAUCUUGGUUUGUUUAUGCUUUGUGUCUCAUAUCAAGUUGACGAACGGACAUGUAUCCAGUUUGUUAUGAAACUCUUGUACUUUCUGCUGAGUGCCCUGGGCUUGAUGGUCUGCGUGCUGGCCGUGGCCUUCGCUGCCCACCACUAUUCGCAGCUCACACAGUUUACCUGUGGAACAGCACUCGACGCCUGUCAGUGCAAACUGCCCUCCUUGGAGCCGCUCAGCAGGACCUUUGUGUACAGGGAUGUGACUGACUGUACCAGCAUCACCGGCACGUUCAAACUGUUCUUACUCAUCCAAAUGAUUCUUAACUUGGUCUGCGGCCUUGUGUGCUUGGUGGCCUGUUUUGUCAUGUGGAAACACAGGUACCAGGUCUUUUACGUGGGUGUCCGAAUGUGCUCCCUGACAGCUUCCGAAGGCCAGCAGCAAAAGGUCUAACAUACUCGCUCAAAGGUGGGAGAGAAAACAGCACACUGACUAGCUGGGGUCAAAAAAGGA